AUGUCUGCCUCUUCAUCACCCUCAUUUCACAACACACCUACUUCUCCCAUAGGCAUGAUCACGUUGGCAGGUGACAAGAAUGGCAAUUAUAACGGUGCGACAAAUGUUGCCAGUACGUCAACAAUUCCACACCCCGAAAGGGCUAGCUAUAAGCUCAAGCAUAGUAGCAGUAGUAGUAAUGGUAGCAACAAGUCAUUGAGAAAGCACUCUUCAUUUCCACCUCUUACCAAGCAAGAAUUUAACUUUCAUCAACUCAAUGCAGAGCAUCAUGUACAGAAUGAUAUUUUACCGAAAAAGCAUCGUAUAACCUUGAUUUUUGUGAGAAUUCUAGGCAUUUUGACGCUAGGCAUUCUCGAUGUGGCUCUCAAGAACUGGGAAAUAUCGCUUAUUGUGGAUAGUUUAAGAAUUGGAAAUCGAAAAAUUGUAUAUAAUUCGACAGAUGGUCAUCGAGUGAAAAUAACAUACAUGUGGAAUCUUCUACUCUCAAUAUUAACAUGUGGAAUUUGGUAUUUCAUGGGUGGCAUGCAUACACACUUCUAUAGCGUGAUUGACAUGAGACUAUCAUGGGGAGAGGUUGAUAGACCUCGAAAAAUACUUCUCAAGCAUUCAAAAGCUGACAUCUUUCCAAUUCCGCUCAAUGAGUUUGUCGUGUGGCAACCCCAUCCACAUGACUACAAGGGAGAACUUCGAAUUUUCAACAUUCACAUGGGCUUUAAGAACGAACUCAUUUAUUUCCUGUUAAAACUCCUUUCCAUACUCACGCUGGGUAUCACAAGUCCUUUCGCUGAUUACUUUUGGAUGUACCACUCUCUAGGAAAAAUGUAUCUAGGAAAAGGUAGAUUUAUGGUACUUCCUCCAACAUUGGCACAACCAUUACUCAAACAGAAUACUAGUAGAAACAGCUGCAACAACACGUCUGUGCAAGAUGAGUCAUCACAAGAACCAACACCCAUUUACAAAUGUGACUACCCAGUUCUAGGUCAAGAUGUCAUUCGAUCGAAUAGUAAUAGCGAUCCAAGUGGAGCAACAAAAACUAGCAAUGACUCGUAUUUACCUCUCUAUGAAAUGAAAUUGGGCUUUUCAGGUUCACUCGCCAAGCUCUUCUACAAGCACUGUGUGGUGAAUUGCUUCACGUUGGCGACAUGUGGAAUUUCCUUCUUUUUCUGCUUGAAUUCACAUCUCUUGAAUGGUUAUUAUAACAAAAAGUGUGCAGUGCAGUUGGUGAGUUUGAGCUGA